AUGGUUUCACGUCAUACACUGAUUUCCAUGGUGAUGUGUAUAGUAAUACCGCACGUGAAGUGUUCCUCCAGACAGGAUUUGCAGAUGUUACACGACCAGCUGUUUCAAGGUUACAACGAAAAUCUCGGUCCUAGGUUUAACCAAGAUGAGCCAAUCAGUAUUCACAUAGCUUUUAAUUUAUAUUCAAUCAAUGACUUUGAUGAUAAAUCCGAAAAACUAUCAAUAACUGGAUAUUUUCUUUUGACGUGGACGGACGACCGGAUGUCAUGGGAUCCGUUGCAGCAUGGAAAUAUCACAAGUGUGCUCAUGAAAGCUUCAAGAGUGUGGGUUCCUCCACUAUUCAUCGGUAAACCUUACAAUAAAGUUGCAAAAAUAGGAAAUGAUUUUAUUCAGAUAAAUUAUAAUAACAGCGGAACUGCUUCAUGGAUUGUACCAGAUUUGUAUGCUAUUUCCUGUCCAGCGAAUACAGCAUACUACCCAAUUGAUAAACAGUUUUGUGAAAUAAUUGUUGCAGCAUGGGGAUACAAGAAAGGUGAUAUUGCUUUCGUUCUGCCAUCUCAUACUGUUACAACAUAUGACUUUAGUGAAAACGGAAUGUGGAAUGUUCUAUCAACCCAAAUCCGGACAGCAGAGAAUCCCUUGGGUGAUUAUGUUGUCAUGACAAUCGAAUUUCAAAGGCGCCCUCUCUUUGUAAUCUUAGUUUUUCUACUACCAAUUAGUUUCAUUGGGAUUCUGAAUCCACUUGUGUUUUUGCUGUCUCCAGAUCCGGGCGAGAGAAGCGGUUAUGGUGUGACUCUUAUGCUGUCUAUGGCAGUGUUCCUAACAGCUGUGUCCGAUAAACUACCCAGUACGUCUGAACCUCAUUUAGCUCGUGUUUGUAUUUACCUUCUCAUGGAUUUGAUGUUGAGUCUAAUGAUAAUGAUAUUCACGAUUUUUGGACUUAAAUUGCACAACCACCAAGAUACACCGAUUCCAUGUUGGAUCAAAAAAUUUGUUCUGACAAGUUUGAAACAUCAACGGGACUCUUACCAACAUUCUCUGACAGAGGAAAACCGUAAUCAGCCGAAAACACCAAAAUGGAGAAAAAACAUAGUUCAAGCAAUAAACGAAGAGACAUUAGUAAACGAAAAAGAUGGAAGACAUAAAGGACGCACAACUGUUCAAGAAACAACCAGGGAUGAAAAUCGCCAUAACGACAUUACUGAGAAUUAUGAUAAUUGUAAACAGUGUUCGUGGAGUGAUGUAGGGAAAGUUUUUGAUAAAUACUGUCUGGUUUUAUUCAUUUGUCUUCAAACAUGUCGUUUUGCUGUAACCACUAUCGACACCAUGAUCUACCUGUAUACCAGUUCUGAUCUGUGA